CUCGCCGCGCUCGCAGCAGCGCCCCCCGCGCCUCCCGACCCGCGCCACGCCGCUCCACGCUGCGAAAGCACCGCGACGAGCUCCCGCUCGUGAAGCUCGCCUCCGCGACGGUCUCGCCCCCGCGACGGUCUCGCCCUUCCGAGCGCGCGCGCGCGUGCGACAGCCCCGCGAGCGCAGCACGGCGCGCGCCGUUCACCACGAAGCACAGGUCUCGGGUGCAGCCGGUGCGCUGCCGGGCGUCGCCCCCCUCGGCUCGGGCCUGCGGCGCGCCCGCGCGCGCGACUGAGACGGCGCCCUGGAUGAGUUGGCGACCUUGUCGGCGGCCGUGGAGGCGCAGGGCAAGGAUGACGCGGAGGCCGCGGACCCGCUGAGGCCCGAGGCCACGCGGGCCCCGCACCACCACCACCAGGGCGUCCGCGGCAUGGACCUCGACGAGAUCCUCCCGGACGUGGGCGAGUUCGGCGCCUACCAGCAGCUGCUGCUGUGGUUCGUGCUGCUGCCCGGCGUGCUGCCGUGCGGCUUCCACGCCUACAACCAGCUCUUCAUGGCCGCCAGCCCGCCGCAUUGGUGUCACGUGCCCGAGCUGGACGCGCUCAACAUCAGCCACGAGUGGGCGCGCAACCUCAGCAUCCCGGCCCAGGACCAGGGCGGCGGCUUCUCGCAGUGCCGCAUGUACCGCCGCAACUACACCCGGGUGGCGGCCGCCGUGGAGCAGGCGCUGGGCCAGGCCGCCGACGUGCUCGCCCUGGAGGCGGCCCUGGCCGCCCUGGUGCCCGCCGCCGCGACCUGGAGGGACCUCGUCGUCGACGACGCCAACCAGUCCGUCGUCAUGGUGGAGCCGGCCGACGACGAGGGGGCGACGGUGCCGUGCGCGCACGGCUACGCCUUCGACUACUCACAGUACGCUACUACGGUCGUGACCGAGUGGGACAUGGUGUGCGACCGGGACUACCACUCGACCCUCGCACUGGUGCUGCUCGCCGUUGGUGGCCUCGUCGGCAACUACAUCUUCGGCUACCUCCAGGACUCGAUCGGGCGCCGGCCCGCCUUCUUCAUCUACCUGCUCAUCGAGUGCGCCUUCGGCAUCGCCACCGCCUUCGCGCACGACUUCAUCUCGUGGACGGCGUUCCGCAUCGGCGUGGGCUUCACCGUGCCGGCCAUCAUGGGCACGCCGUACGUGCUCGCGAUCGAGCUGGUGGGCCCCUCCAAGCGGACGGCCGUCACCAUCCUCAGCAACAUCGCCUACUCGCUGUCGCUCGUGGCGCUGGCCGGCGUGGUGUACCUGGUGCGGGACUGGCGGCAGCUCGCCCUCGCCACCUCCGUGCCCUUCGUCAGCUUCUUCCUGUACUGGUGGGUGCUGCCUGAGUCCCCGCGCUGGCUGCUCGCCCGCGGGCGCUACCAGGAGGCGGAGGCCAUCCUCAAGCUCAUGGCGCGGGUGAACGGGCGCGCGCUGCCGCCCAACUACCUCUCUCAGCUUAUGCGCAAGUUCCAGAUGGAGAGUGCGCCGCCGGGCGCCGGGCCCGACCAGCCCGCGCCAUGUUUAGAGAGCGUAGAGCGCAGCUACGGCGUGCUGGACCUGGUGCGCACGCCCAACCUGCGCCGCAAAACCCUCAUCAUCACCUUCAUAUGGUUCACCAACACUAGCGUGUACGUCGGUCUCUCCUACUACGCGCCCGUCCUCGGCGGCGACGAGUUCCUCAACUUCUUCCUCGCCGGCGCCGUGGAACUGCCCACCUACCUGUUUCUGUGGCCGGCCAUGCUGCGGUGGGGCCGGCGGGUGGCGCUGUGCGUCUCCAUGGUGGUGGGGGGCACGGCCUGCCUCGCCACAGUCCUCGUGCAGAACGGUAAGACGGACAGGGAAAAGGUCAACGGUUACGUUCGGGUUGCAGCCAACACCUUGUGUUGCCGCUCGAGCAGCAGGCGGGGGCGGCGGCAGCGUUCAAUACUACCGGAAAUGGUGGCGGACUCCGCGCUGCAGGAACCCAAGGGCGCGCUCGGCGGCUCCCCCAUCUCCAGACUCGGCAAGGACUUGACCUUCUCGCCCUUCUCGACGCCCAACGCGACGGACGCCACCUCCUCGACGGACGUGACCUCGGACACCACCGUGCCGGGCGGAGACCUCGGCGUAUCGGCCGUAUGA